AUGAAGUUCAACGUCAUCAGCCUCAUUUCCGUUGCAGCCUGGGUGCCGCUCGCAGAAAGCCAGUUCUCGUGCCACUGCCAAAUGGCCAACAACGGAAACGCCGUCAUUGCGGCAAUCAGACUCUGUGAUGCCGUCGGCGGGACAAUUUGCUACAACUCGGCCGGGAACUACAAUGUUUGCAAGACGGGAAUCCAGUGGACCGAGCAGCAGUGCCGAGACACGUUCCAGGGCAUCAACCAGCCGGAUGAGAGGUUCAGGGCUGUUUGCACUCCUUACAACGGCGGUGGGUGCCCGGCUUGA